AUGGUCGGCCGGAUGGAGCGGCAGACCGCGUCGUCGUCAGCGUCAUGCUAUCCCUCCUCCGCCGCCGCUUCUUCCUCCUCGGCCUGCGGCGGCAAGAAGCGCCCUGAUAUCCUCAACAUGAUCCGGAAUGCAGCCUGUCUUAAUUCGUCAUCUACUGAUACCGGCAAGGGAAGGAGUAAAUUGUCAACCAACAAAGUUACACAUGGAUUCCACCUGGUGGAAGGCAAAUCCGGCCAUGACAUGGAAGACUACCAUGUGGCAGAGUACAAGUAUGUGAAGAACCAUGAGCUUGGUCUCUUUGCCAUUUUUGAUGGCCAUUUAGGAGAUAAGGUGCCAAGUUACCUGAAAGCUAACCUUUUUAGCAACAUAAUGAAAGAGCCUCUCUUCUGGUCUAGUCCUCAAGAAGCAAUAAAGAAUGCAUACUGCUCUACAAACAAAUAUAUUCUAGAAAAUACCAAACAACUUGGACCAGGUGGCUCAACAGCAGUUACUGCUAUUGUAGUUGAUGGUAAGGAUAUGUGGAUAGCAAAUGUAGGUGACUCUCGAGCUGUUGUGUGUGAAAGAGGCGCUGCUAAUCUGCUCACUGUUGACCACGAGCCUCAUACAACUAAUGAAAGACAGAGGAUUGAAAAGCACGGUGGUUUUGUAACGACAUUUCCUGGUGAUGUUCCUCGGGUGAAUGGCCAGCUUGCUGUUGCUAGGGCAUUUGGUGACCAAAGCCUCAAGGCCCACUUGAGCUGUGAACCUGACAUUAGACAUGUACCAAUAAACUCAAAUAUAGAGUUCGUCAUACUUGCCAGUGAUGGAUUGUGGAAGGUAAUGAAGAACCAAGAAGCAGUCGAUCUCGUAAAGUCAAUCAAGGAUCCCCAGGCAGCAGCGAAGCAAUUGACUACUGAAGCGUUGGCAAGGAAGAGCAAGGACGAUAUCUCUUGCAUUGUCAUCCGUUUCCGCUGCUGA